CCAGGACUGGUCUAACCUCCGCUGCCUCGCAGUCAUCCCCCCACAGCCACCCUUCCCAGAGUCCUUUGCCCAGGCCACCCCAGGUUUUUGGCAGCCCUGCCGGGCCACUGGUCUUCAGGUCUGCCAGGGGGAGGUGGGGAGGAGGUGGGAGGAGGGCGUGCAGAGGCGGCCUGGGCUGGGCCAGAGCUCGGGGUGCUGAGCGUGUGACCAGCUGUGAGCAGAGGCCAGCCAUGGCCAGCCCGGGGCUGCUGCUCCUGCUCUUACUGACGGCACUGCCACCGCUGGGGUCCUACUCGCUGCCUGGACUGGACACUGCCGAAAGUAAAGCCACCAUUGCGGACCCAAUCCUGUCUGCGCUGGAGAGAGCCACCGUCUUCCUAGAACAGAGGCUGCCCGAAAUCAACCUGGAUGGCAUGGUGGGGGUCCGUGUGCUGGAAGAGCAGCUAAAAAGCGUCCAGGAGAAGUGGGCUCAGGAGCCCCUGCUGCAGCCGCUGAGCCUGCGCGUGGGGACGCUGGGGGAGAAGUUGGAGGCUGCCAUCCAGAGAUCCCUCCUCUACCUCAAGCUGAGUGACCCCAAGUACCUAAGAGAGUUCCAGCUGACCCUCCAGCCCGGGUUUUGGAAGCUCCCACAUGCCUGGAUCCACACCAACGCCUCCUUGGUCUACCCCACGUUCAAGCCCCAGGACUCAUUCUCAGAGGAGAGCAGCGACGGAUGCCUGGUGCAGCUGCUGGGAACCGGGACAGACAGCAGCGAGCCCUGCGGCCUCUCAGACCUCUGCAGGAGCCUCAUGACCAAGCCUGGCUGCUCGGGCUACUGCCUGUCCCACCAAAUGCUCUUCUUCCUCUGGGCCAGAAUGAGGGGAUGCACACAGGGACCGUUCCAACAGAGCCAGGACUAUAUCAACCUCUUCUGCGCCAACAUGAUGGACCUGAACCGCAGAGCUGAGGCCAUCGGAUAUGCCUACCCUACCCGGGACAUCUUCAUGGAAAACAUCAUGUUCUGUGGAAUGGGCGGCUUCUCCGACUUCUACAAGCUCCGGUGGCUGGAGGCCAUCCUCAGCUGGCAGAAACAGCGGGAAGGAUGCUUCGGGGAGCCCGAUGCUGAAGAUGAAGAAUUAUCUAAAGCUAUCCAAUAUCAACAGCAUUUUUUGAGGAGAGUGAAGAGGCGAGAAAAACAAUUUUCAGAUGGCUGCUCCUCCCACAACACAGCCACAGCGGUGGCAGCCCUGGGUGGCUUCCUAUACAUCCUGGCAGAAUACCCCCCAGCAAACAGAGAGCCACACCCAUCCACACCGCCGCCACCAAGCAGCCACUGAGACGGAUGUUUCCACACCUGCUGCCUGGAGGACGAAGACUCCUUCAGUCCUCCUCCCUUAGAUCCUGGAGGGCAUGGCUCACAUCCGGGGGAGCAGGCAUCUGGAAGCAAAGCCACCCUGACGCCCCAUCUGGGAAGCCCUGAGUACACAGGACCAGGGUAGGUGGGGGCCGGGAGGGACUCAGGUGUGAAUGGAUGAAUAAAGUUUGACUGCAACUGA